AUGGCUGACACGAAGACAAUUGAAGCUAAAAUCUCUAUAAAAGUAAUAGUAGACAAAGCGAAAAAAAGAGUGGUUUAUGUUGAAGCAGAUCACAGUUUUGUUGACAUUCUAUUCAGCUUCAUGACAUUGCCUAUGGGAACCAUUGUCAGACUCUUGGAGAAACAUGAUGAUAAGAAGUUUGAGGCUCUCGGGAGCUUGAACAAUCUGUACCAAAGUCUGAAAGAUUUUCCUGACUGCUACCUAUCGUCAGAAGAAUGCAAACGUAUGCUUCUUAACCCCAGAAGUCUGUCUUAUGAUCACUGCAGAAACCUUCAACUGCAAAUUGACGACACGGAGCCCACACAAAACUACGUAUGUAGAUACUUAUUUUGCCAGUGUUAUCGUAAGUUCAUGAGUGCUAAUAUACUUGGCAUACGUAAUGGAGCUAAAUGUAGUAGGUGUAACAGUGAGAUGGCUUUGGAACCUGUAUACUGGUGUUCCAAUGAUAGUGUUGAUAAUGAUGGUGGUGUUUUUGUAUCUGAUAUUGCAACUUUUAUCGUCACUGAUGAUCUUUGUUUAGUUUUCUCAAAGAUCUAUCCUUUACGAUGCUAUUGGAAGUUCGAAAAUAAUACUGCCGAUCCCUGUGAUUUGAUGAAAAAAGAGAUAUCAGCAAGUUCGAAGAUGCUUCUAGAAGUAUCUUUGCAAAAGUCUACUGGAAAGCUUUUAUUUGCAGAAGCCAAGGAAGAUUUUGUUGAGUUUCUCUUCGAUGGAGGAUUUCUAAAAGAAUCUGGGAUGUUUAUGGUGACAGAUGACUUGACCAUAACCCCAUCAUCUUCGUUUUCGACUAUGGAUAUUCUGAAAAAGUUAAAAAUACUGCCCGAAGAUAUUGAGAGAUAUGAAGUUAGCAUUGGCUUGCAAGAGGGCUUGAGCAUGCUGAAAGCAUCGCUAACCUCUUGCUCGACCUUAACCAAAAGCCUUGAGCAUGAACUGAAUAAGUGA